AUGGUCGACAUCUUGUUCAUCAACAAUCUAGCUUUGAAAGCUGGCGAGAUGAUCGAAGCAAGUUUUUCCAAAGAUACUCCUUUUGACAAGAAAGAGUCAUAUGCUGACUUGGUAACAGAAGUUGAUAAGGCUGUUGAGAAUUUCAUUUGCAAAGAAAUUUUAACAGCGUUUCCAACUCACAAAAUAAUUGCAGAGGAAGCGUACUCUGGAAAUGCUCAACUUACAUGUUCACCAACUUGGAUAAUUGAUCCUAUUGAUGGAACGUCUAAUUUCGUUAGCAGAUUUCCAUUUGUGUGUGUUUCUAUUGCCUACUAUGUUAAUAAAGAGCCUGAGCUUGCCGUCGUUUAUAAUCCGAUUUUAAAGUGGUGUUUCCAUGGGAUUCGCAGUCAAGGUGCAUUUCUUAACGAUAAGCAGAUCUACACAUCAAAACUGAAAGAUUUAUCUCAGGCCUUGGUUUUAACCGACUGGGGAGGUGACCGAAGUCCAGAAGUCCUGGAUGUCAAGUCAAACAAUAUGCGUCAAAUCAUAUCGAAAGCUCGUGGAGUACGUACAAUGGGUUCAGCAGCUUUGCAUAUGUGUCAAAUUGCUGCUGGUAAUGGUGAUGUGUUCUUUGAAUUUGGAAUUCAUUGUUGGGAUUAUGCUGCAGCUAUACUCAUUGUUCGUGAAGCAGGAGGUUACUGUUGUAACUUUGACGGUAAACCUGUAGACCUAAUGGCAAGGAAUGUAAUAUGCGCAGGGACACAGGAAUUAGCGAACGCGGUCAUCCCUCUUAUUCGACCAGUUGACUAUGCAAGGGAUUAAUUUUAAGAAGUGAGAAGUGAACAAACUGCAACAAAAAAAAAAAUAUUUAGAAUUAAAAUUAUAAACAAAAGAAACCAUCCAUUACUAAGAUCGCGUACAAAUGCAAGCAUGAGAAAAUAUGCCAUAUCAGAUUUACUUCUUUUCGAAAGUUUAUUGUAUCACUUUUAUAUCUUUUCACUGUAGCAUUUAUCUGUGUAUGUAAUGAAAUUGUGCAUGCGUGCAGCUUUUGGGUGUCUAUCUUUUUCUUUUUUUUUUAUGCUAACUGUACAAUUGAACACUUCUCUGAAAAAUAAAUUCUGAGGAAAAAAGGAAAACUUUGAA